AUGGACGAGCAAACAGUCAGUCAGUUAGUCAGUAUACCCUAUGGACGAGCAAACAGUCAGUCAGUUAGUCAGUAUACCCUAUGGACGAGCAAACAGUCAGUCAGUUAGUCAGUAUACCCUAUGGACGAGCAAACAGUCAGUCAGUUAGUCAGUAUACCCUAUGGACGAGCAAACAGUCAGUCAGUACCUGGAAAGUCCAGUUAGUCGUAUACCCUAUGGACGAGCAAACAGUCAGUCAGUUAGUCAGUAUACCCUAUGGACGAGCAAACAGUCAGUCAGUUAGUCAGUAUACCCUAUGGACGAGCAAACAGUCAGUCAGUUAGUUAGUAUACCCUAUGGACGAGCAAACAGUCAGUCAGUUAGUCAGUAUACCCUAUGGACGAGCAAACAGUCAGUCAGUUAGUCAGUAUACCCUAUGGACGAGCAAACAGUCAGUCAGUUAGUCAGUAUACCCUAUGGACGAGCAAACAGUCAGUCAGUUAGUCAGUAUACCCUAUGGACGAGCAAACAGUCAGUCAGUUAGUCAGUAUACCCUAUGGACGAGCAAACAGUCAGUCAGUUAGUCAGUAUACCCUAUGGACGAGCAAACAGUCAGUCAGUUAGUCAGUAUACCCUAUGGACGAGCAAACAGUCAGUCAGUUAGUCAGUAUACCCUAUGGACGAGCAAACAGUCAGUCAGUUAGUCAGUAUACCCUAUGGACGAGCAAACAGUCAGUCAGUUAGUCAGUAUGCCGUAUAAAAUGGAGAUCUUUCUCAUUCUGUUAUUAAAACCCCAGUCUACCCUACCUUUCUCAUUCUGUUAUUAAAACCCCAGUCUACCCUACCUUUCUCAUUCUGUUAUUAAAACCCCAGUCUACCCUACCUUUCUCAUUCUGUUAUUAAAACCCCAGUCUACCCUACCUUUCUCAUAGUGUUAUUAAAACUGUUCAGCCCCACAGUAAGCUGUGACAGCCAAGACUCCCCGCUGACACCCACCCGCCACUGCUGUCAAAAUGAAAUAAUGUAGCAGCUGCAUACAAUGUGUGUUCCAAAUGGCAUCCUAUUUCCUAUAUAGCGCACUACCUUUACCUUUUACAUUUUAGUCAUUUAGCAGACGCUCUUAUCCAGAGCGACUUACAGUUGGUGCAUUCAUCUUAAGAUAGCUAAGAUGGGACAACCACAUAUCACAGGCAUAGAAAGUACAGUAGGGUCAGCGCUAGAAAAGGGGGUCAAGUGAAACUGCUGGUUAAGGGGGGGGGGGGGGGGGGGGGGGGGGGGGGGUGUAGGGUUUUGAGCCUGAAGGUAGGGAGGGGCAGUUCUGUCUCUCACACACACACACACACACACACACACACACACACACACACACACAGUGUUACAGCGGUUGUACCAGCAUGAACCAACCUAAUGAGAUGUCUGGAUAAUUGGCUGUAUUGUAGGGAUAGGAGGCUGGAUAAUUGGCUGUUUAAUUGGCUGGAUAAUUGAAUGAACAACAGUUCAGUCCUGAGAUUUUACACAGACUGGUAAACAGGGAACUCCUCCCCAAUCCCAUGAACAGGGAACACCUCCCCAAUCCCAUGAACAACAGGGAACACCUCCCCAAUCCCAUGAACAACAGGGAACACCUCCCCAAUCCCAUGAACAGGGAACACCUCCCCAAUCCCAUGAACAACAGGGAACUCCUCCCCAAUCCCAUGAACAACAGGGAACACCUCCCCAAUCCCAUGAACAACAGGGAACACCUCCCCAAUCCCAUGAACAGGGAACACCUCCCCAAUCCCAUGAACAGGGAACACCUCCCCAAUCCCAUGAACAGGGAACACCUCCCCAAUCCCAUGAACAGGGAACACCUCCCCAAUCCCAUGAACAACAGGGAACACCUCCCCAAUCCCAUGAACAGGGAACACCUCCCCAAUCCCAUGAACAGUGAACACCUCCCCAAUCCCAUGAACAGGGAACACCUCCCCAAUCCCAUGAACAGGGAACACCUCCCCAAUCCCAUGAACAGGGAACACCUCCCCAAUCCCAUGAACAACAGGGAACUCCUCCCCAAUCCCAUGAACAACAGGGAACACCUCCCCAAUCCCAUGAACAGGGAACACCUCCCCAAUCCCAUGAACAGGGAACACCUCCCCAAUCCCAUGAACAGUGAACACCUCCCCAAUCCCAUGAACAGGGAACACCUCCCCAAUCCCAUGAACAGGGAACACCUCCCCAAUCCCAUGAACAACUGAAUGAACAAAUUGGAUUUGUUUUCGAAUUCUUUGUGGGUCUGUGUAAUCUGAGGGAAAUAUGUAUCUCUAAUAUGGUCAUACAUUUGGCAGGAAGUUAGGAAGUGCAGCUCAGUUUCUACCUCAUUUUGUGGGCAGUGUGCACAUAGCCUGUCUUCUCUUGAGAGCCAGAUCUGCCUACGGCGGCCUUUCUCAAUAGCAAGGCUAUGCUCACUGAGUCUGUACAUAGUCAAAGAUUUCCUUAAUUUGGGUCAGUCACAGUGGUCAGGUAUUCUGCCACUGUGUACUCUCUGUUUAGGGCCAGAUAGCAUUCUAGUUUGCUCUCUUUUUUUGUAAAUUCUUUCUAAUGUGUCAAGUAAUUAUCUUUUUGUUUUCUCUUGAUUUGGUUGGGUCUAAUUGUGUUGCUGUCCUGGGGCUCUGUGGGGUCUGUUUGUGUUUGUGAACAGAGCCCCAGGACCAGCUUGCUUAGGGGACAGGUUAAUCUCUCUGUAGGUGAUGGCUUUGCUAUGGAAGGUUUGGGAAUCGCUUCCUUUUAGGUUGUUGUAGAAUUUAACGGCUCUUUUCUGGAUUUUGAUCAUCAGCGGGUAUCGGCCUAAUUCUGCUCUGCAUGCAUUAUUUGGUGUUCAUUGUGCACAGAGGAUAUUUUCGCAGAAUUCUCCAUGCAGUCUCAAUUUGGUGUUUGUCCUAUUUUGUGAAUUCUUGCUUGGUGAGCGGACCCCAGAUCUCACAACCAUGAAGGGCAAUGGGUUCUAUAACUGAUUCAAAUAUUUUUAGCCAGAUCCUAAUUGGUAUGUCGAAUUUUAUGUUCCUUUUGAUGGCAUAGAAGGCCCUUCUUGCCUUGUCUCUCAGAUCAUUCACAUCUUUGUGGAAGUUACCUGUGGCACUGAUGUUUAGGCCGAGGUAUGUAUUGUUUUUUGCUCUAGGGCAACGGUGUCUAGAUGGAAUUUGUAUUUGUGGUUCUGGCAACUGGACCUUUUUUGGAACACCAUUAUUUUUGUCUUAAUGAGAUUUACUGUCAGAGCCCAGGUCUGACAUAAUCUGUGCAGAAGAUCUAGGUGCUGCUGUAGGCCCUCCUUGGUUGGUGACAGAAGCACCAGAUCAUCAGCAAACAGUAGACAUUUGAUUUCAGAUUCUAGUAGGGUGAGGCCGGUUGCUGCAGACUGUUCUAGUGCCCUCGCCAAUUCGUUAAUAUAUAUGUUGAAGAGGGUGGGGCUUAAACUGCAUCCCUGUCUCACCCCACAGCCCUGUGGAAAGAAAUGUGUGUGUUUUUUGCCAAUUUUAACCGCACACUUGUUGUUUGUGUACAUGGAUUUUAUAAUGUUGUAUGUUUUUCCCCCAACACCACUUAACAUUAAUUUAUGUAGCAGACCCUCAUGCCAAAUUGAGUCAAAAGCUUUUUUGAAAUCAACAAAGCAUGAGAAGACUUUGCCUUUGUUUUGUUUUGUUUGUUUGUCAAUGAAGGGGUGCAGUGUGAAUACGUGGUCUGUCGUACGGUAAUUUGGUAAAAAACCAAUUUGACAUUUGCUCAGUACAUUGUUUUCACUGAGGAAAUGUACGAGUCUUCUGUUAAUGAUAAUGCAGAGGAUUUUCCCAAGGUUGCUGUUGAAACAUUUCCCACGGUAGUUAUUGGGGUCAAAUUUGUCUCCACCUUUGUGGAUUGGGGUGAUCAGUCCUUGGUUCCAAAUAUUGGGGAAGAUGCCAGAGCUGAGGAUGAUGUUAAAGAGUUUAAGUAUAGCCAAUUGGAAUUUGUGGCCUGUAUAUUUUAUUAUUUCAUUGAGGAUACCAUCAACACCACAGGCCUUUUUGGGUUGGAGGGUUUGUAUUUUGUCCUGUAGUUCAUUCAAUGUAAUUGGAGAAUCCAGUGGGUUCUGGUAGUCUUUAAUAGUUGAUUCUAAGAUUUGUAUUUGAUAUCCAGUGGGUUCUGGUAGUCUUUAAUAGUUGAUUCUAAGAUUUGUAUUUGAUCAUGUAUAUGUUUUUGCUGUUUGUUCUCUGUUAUAGGGCCAAAAAGAUUGGAGAAGUGGUUUAUCCAUACAUCUCCAUUUUGGAUAGAUAGCUCUUCAUGUUGUUGUUUGUUUAGUGUUUUCCAAUUUUCCCAGAAGUGGUUAGAGUCUAUGGAUUCUUCAAUUCCAUUGAGCUGAUUUCUGAUAUGCUGUUCCUUCUUUUUCCGUAGUGUAUUUCUGUAUUGUUUUAGUGAUUCACCAUAGUGAAGGCGUAGGCUCAGGUUUUCUGGGUCUCUGUGUUUUUGGUUGGAUAGGUUUCUCAAUUUCUUUCUUAGGUUUUUGCAUUCUUCGUUAAACCAUUUGUCAUUGUUACUUUUCUUCGGUUUUCUGUUAGAGAUUUUUAGAUUUGAUAGGGAAGCUGUUUAGGUUUUCUACAGCCAAGUUUACACAUUCACUAUUACAGUGGAACAUUUUGUCCAGGAAGUUGUCUAAAAGGGAUUGAAUUUGUUGUUUCCUAAUUGUUUUCUGGUAGGUUUUGACAGUACUUUCCUAUCUAUAGCAUUUCUUAAUAUUAUUCAGUUCCUUUGGCUUUGAUGCCUCAUGAUUGAUUAUUGCUCUGUUCAAGUAGACUGUGAUUUUGCUGUGGUCUGAUACGGGUGUCAGUGGGCUGACUGUGAACGCUCUGAGAGACUCUGGGUAGAGGUCAGUGAUAAUGUAGUCUACAGUACUUCUGCCAAGAGAUGAGCUAUAGGUGUACCUACCAUAGGAGUCCCCUCGAAGCCUACCAUUGACUAUGUACAUACCCAGCGUGCGACAGCUGCAGGAGUUGUGACCCGUUUUUGUUGGUUAUGUUGUCGUAGUUGUGCCUAGGGGGGCAUAUGGGGGAGGGAAUGCUGUCACCUCCAGGUAGGUGUUUGUCCCCCUGUGUGCUGAGGGUGUCAGGUUCUUGUCCAGUUCUGGCAUUUAGGUCGCCACAGACUAGUACAUGUCCCUGGGCCAGGAAAUUAUUGAUUUUCCCCUCCAGGAUGGAGAAGCUGUCUUCAUUAAAGUAUGGGGAUUCUAGUGGGGGGAUAUAGGUAGCACACAGGAGGACAUUUUUCUCUGUUGAGAUAAUUUCCUUUUGUAUUUCUAGCCAAAUGUAAAAUUUUCCUGUUUUGAUUAAUUGAAUAGAGUGAGUUAGGUCUGCUCUAUACCAAAUUAGCAUACCCCCUGAGUCCCUUCCCUGUUUUACUCCUGGUAGUUUGGUGGAUGGGACUACCAGCUCUCUGUAACCUAGAGGGCAACCAGUGGGUCCGUCUCCUCUAUACCAUGUUUCUUGUAGGAUGACAAUGUCUGUAUUUCUGAUUUUAGUGGGUGAGGUCCAGGUUCCUGCUCUUUAGGCCAAAGGCAGAUGACCUCAGGCCUUGGAUAUUCCAGGAUGAAAUAGUGAAGGCUUUGUGUUCCAUAAAGUGUCUAAUGUUGUUGGUUGUGUGGUUUGGCCUCAGACCAGUAAUUGUGAGCAGAGCCUGCUGAGCAUCUGGUACAUGCCAUUGGCUUGGGCUAGUGUAAGAGUGGGGGUUGGGCCUGUUUGCCUGCUCACGGCCUGAGCGUAUGUGUGACUUUCAUGUUGAGGUCCUCUUUGCAGGAGUGGGGGGCAUGGGGUGGGCAGGAGGGCCAUAGGUCUGAUCUGAGGGGGCCUAAAUGUGGUGUGAACAUGGUUGACUUGGGGGGGGGGGGGGGGUGUUGAUUGGUUGGGGUGAGGGUGUGGAUGUGGCUGGUGUUGCUGUGGUCUGGAUCUGACGUGGGCUGUUCUGCUGGCUUCUCUGCGGGGGUGGCCAGCUCUCUAAUGGGUUGUUCUCUGUCACCCGUCAUCGUUCUCACCUUCUCCUCCAGCACUCUGAUCCUCUCAUCUAGUGCUCCUACCUUCUCCUCCAGCACUCUGAUCCUCUCCUCUAGUACUCUCUCCUUCUCCUCCAGCACUCUGAUCCUCUCCUCUAGUGCUCUCUCCUUCUCCUCCAGCACUCUGAUCCUCUCCUCUAGUACUCUCUCCUUCUCCUCCAGCACUCUGAUCCUCUCCUCUAGUGCUCCUACCUUCUCCUCCAGCACUCUGAUCCUCUCCUCUAGUGCUCCUACCUUCUCCUCCAGCACUCUGAUCCUCUCCUCUAGUGCUCUCACCUUCUCCUCCAGCACUCUGAUCCUCUCCUCUAGUGCUCCUACCUGCUCCUGCUCUUUCUCCUGUUGAUGUUGUCUCACCACAGUCCAGAGUGCAGACAUGUCUCUCUCCCCUUCCAGCUCUCCAGGUCUAGUUAAGGGGGUGUUGUUGUGCUGGACUGUUGUCUGGGUCUGUGCUGACUGGAGUUUAAUCACCUGCUGUUCCAGCUCCACCUGCCUUACCUCCAGCUGGGUGAAUGUAUCCUUCAUUUCAAUGAGGGUGUAGUACUCUGUGCAAAAAGUGUUUCUUGAUUUUCCAUAAGGAGGUUCUUUUUGUACUUUUUUUACAUCCAGAGGGUACUGUAUGCUAAUAACCUCUGAGGGGGCUUCUAAGGCCUCUCCAUUUGGUUGGGGUAGACUGUGCGACUCUCCUGCCAUUGUUGGGCUCAAGGGCUUUGACACCUCUCGCUUCUCUCUCUCUUUUUCUCUGUCUUUUCCCCCCUCUAUCUUUCUCUUCUCUCUCUCGUUCUAUUUCUCUCUAUAAUUCUCUCCAUCUGUCAUCUUGGCUCUUCUCCAGGAUAUAUUUCUAUGGCUGCGUUUACACAGUUUUUUGCCACUGUGUCGAGCAACACCACAUUGCCUGUUAUGUUCUGUUUAACCAGCAUCUGGUGUUCACUGGCUCAUGUUCUAUGGAAUAUGGAACCUUAGAACUAUCGAAUAUGGAGUCUCAUUAUUCCACAUCCUGUCAAGUAGAAGUACUAGAAAAGGUUUUAAAUCAUUACGUUUAAUGUGAGCUGUAGUUAUUAUGGAGUAGCACAUUGUGAGCAUCUAAUUAAAGUACUGUAGCAGUUUUAUAGCAGAUAGAACCUCACAGGCGUCCUGUACUUGAAGUUGAUUCUAACCAUUUCUGACAAGACAUUUAGUCCAGGGAGGCAAGAGACCUUCACUUCAGCCGAUCAGAGAGAGAGAGAGAGAGAGAGAGAGCGGAGAGGAGAGAGAAAGAGAGAGAGAGAGCGAGAGGAGAUAGAGAGAGAGAGAGAUAAAGAGAGGGAAGAGAGAGAGAAGAGAGAGGAAGGAGAGAGAAGAGGAGAGAGAGAAGAUAGAGAGAGAGGAGAUAGGAUAGAGAUUCGGUUAGAGUAGAGCCUCAGUGGGUACAGCCUUGGCGCUUGCAAACGCCAGGGUUGUGGGUUGUUUCCAACGGGGGGCCAGUAUGAAAAAUGUAUGCACUCACUAACUGUAAGUCGCUCUGGAUAAGAGCAUCUGCUAAAUGACUAAAAUGUAGAUUACGUUAUUCAGGUAGAUUACGUUAUUCAGGUAGAGUAUCUCUCUCCCUCUAGAGGGCUUCACAGCCAGCCAGGUCAACCGUGUCAGUUUUCGACGUAUGUACAUCCAGGUCUGAGGACGUCGGGAGAUGAAGUGAAGAGCGGCCACAAGGAGCAGCAGUGAGCUUAAGUGUUACCUUAAGCAACUGCCUCCGAUUUCAAAGGUUGCAUGUUCGAAUCCAAUGAUAGAAAGUGAUUUUUAUAUAUUUGUUUUAAGCCUAUCUCAAACCCUUACCUUAACCAUUCGGAGUUAAUGCCUAACGUUCAGAAUUUGGAGUUAAUGCCUAAACUUAACCUCAACCACUUUGAAAUUUGACGUUUAAACAACUUUGAAAUUUGACGUUGGGGAAACCUGGAUGAACGUCUAAUUCUGACGUGACUGUGAGAGCUGGUAGUCACAGCAGUGUACCUCAGCCUCACUGAGCAUUACAUUAUUCUACUUCCAUGCUCCUGACUCCAGACAGACAGAGCCCUAUAUGCUGGACAACAAUAAAUAGGAACGCAACAUGCAACCAUUUCAAAGAUUUUACUGAGUUACAGUUCAUAUGAGGAAAUCAGUCAAUUUAAAUGAAUUCAUUAUGCCCUAAUCUAUGGAUUUCACAUGACUGGGAAUACAGAUAUGCAUCUGUUGGUCACAGAUAUCUUAAAAAAAAAAAAUGGGCCUCAGGAUCUUGUCACGGUAUUUCUGUGCAUUCAAAUUGCCAUCGAUAAAAUGCAAUUGUGUUCGUUGUCCGUAGCUUAUGCCUGCCCAUACCAUAACCCCACCGCCACCAUGGGGCACUCUGUUCACAACGUUGACAUCAGCAAACCGCUCACCCACAUGACACCAUACGGUCUGCGGUUGUGAGGCCGAUUGGACGUAAUCCCAAAUUCUCUAAAACGAUGUUGGAGGCGGCUUAUGGUAGAGAAAUGAACACUCAAUUCUCUGGCAACAGCUCUGGUGGACAUUCCUGCAGUCAGCAUGCCAAUUGCACUCUCCUUCAAAACUUGAGACAUCUGUGGCAUUGUGUUGCACAUUUUAGAGUGGCCUUUUAUUGUCCCCAGCACAAGGUGCACCUGUGUAAUGAUCAUGCUUUUUAAUCAGCUUCUUGAUAUGCCACACCUGUCAGGUGGAUGGAUGAUCUUGGCAAAGGAGAAAUGCUCACUAACAGGGAUGCAAAAAAAAAAGAAGCUUUUGGUGGGUAUGGAACAUUUCUGGGAUAUUUUAUUUCAGCUCAUGAAACAUGGGACCAAGACUUUACAUGAUGCGUUUAUAUUUUUGUUCAGUAGAAAUGGCAACAUUUAGAAUGUUGAAUAUUGUUCUAAUUCUAGACAUUCAGCAUGGUUUAAAUAUUCCCUGUGUAAUGUUAAUGGGGGCUAACAUGGCUGCCAUAGAACGUUGAGGUGUCAUGGAAAUGCGUCAAAGUACAGAAACCGUUGGGGUGGGCUUUUGGGGUGGCCAAAGGAAUAACUUAUUCUGUGCUAACCUUGCUCUGAGCCACCAGCAAUACAUCAUUACACCACACACACACACAUAUAUACUGUACACAAACUGGAAAUAACACAGGCACACACACACUCCUCUCAUCCACCUCUGCAUUACAGGAUAUGCUCUCUGAAUCUCUCCACCCCCCCCCCCCACACUCUCUCUCUCUCUCUCUCUCUCUCCCUACCCCCCGUACUCUCUCUCUCUCUCUCGCUCCCACUCCCUACCCCCCUCUCUCGCUCUCCCUCUAUCUCUAUCUCUCUCUCCCUACCCCCUCUCUCUAUCUCUCUCUCUCCCUACCCCCCUCUCUCACUCUCUCUCUCCCUACCCCCCUCUCUCACUCUCUCUCUCCCUAACCCCCCUCUCUCCCUCUAUCUCUCUCCCUCUCCCCCCUCUCUCCUCUCUCUCUACCUCUCUCUCUCGAUCCCUACCCCCACUCUCCCUCUCCCCCCCUCUCUCUCCCUACCCCCCUUUCUCCCCUCUCUCCCUCUAUCUCCUCCCUACCCCCCCCCUCCCUCUCCCCCUCUCUCUUCCCUACCCCCCCGGUCUCCCCCCCCUCUCCUCUCUCUCUCCCUCCUCACCUCUCUCCCUCCUCUCCCCUCUCUCUCCCUACCCCCUUCUCUCCCCUCUCUCUCUCCUCUCUCUCCUCUCUCCCUACCCCCCCUCUCCCUCUCCCCCCUCUCUCUCCCUCCCCUCCCCCUUUCUCCCCUCUCUCCCUCUAUCUCGUCUCUCCCUACCCCCCCUCCUCUUCCCCCUCUCUCUCCCCUCCCCCCCCUCUUCUCUCUUUCCCCUCUCUCCUCUCAUCCCUCCCCCCCCACUCUCCCUCCCCCCUCUCCCCCAUUUCUCCCCUCUCUCCCUCUCUCUCUCCUCUCCCUACCCCCCCCCCUCUCCCUCUCCCCCUCCUCUCCUCUCCCCCCUCUCCCUCUCCCCCCUCUCCCUCUCCCCCCUCUCUCUCCCUACCCCCCCUCUCCCUCUCUAUCUCUCUCUCCCUACCCCCCCUCUCCCCCCUCACCCUUACCUCCUCUGUCUUCCAGGUGGGCCGGGCUCAGGGAAGGCUGUGCAGUGUGAGAGGAUGGAGGAGAGGUUUGGACUGCGUCGUCUGUCUCCUGGUGACAUCCUGUGUUCUGAACUACAGUCUCACAGUGAGAGAGGACGUUACCUACGAGACCUGCUGGAGAGGGGGGAGACGCUACCUGAGGUAACACACAGACACAGACAGACAGACAGAGGACAGACAGACAGACAGAGGACAGACAGACAGACAGACACACAGACAGAGAGGACAGACAGACAGACAGGGGACAGACAGACAGAGGACAGACAGACAUACAGAGGACAGACAGACACACAGACAGAGAGGACAGACAGACACACAGAGGACAGACAGACAGACACACCUCACUCCAAGGUGUGUGCGUCGUGUGUUUGAAGGUCCUCACAGAUAUAGUAGUACAAAACACACACAGCCAAAAAAAACUCCUGAAAAAAAGAAAUAAAAAAAUACUACCAACUCUCCAGAUCCUGCAGCCAUGUCCAAAAACCAACUCUCCAGAUCCUGCAGCCAUGUCCAAAAACCAACUCUCCAGAUCCUGCAGCCAUGUCCAAAAACCAACUCUCCAGAUCCUGCAGCCAUGUCCAAAAACCAACUCUCCAGAUCCUGCAGCCAUGUCCAAAAACCAACUCUCCAGAUCCUGCAGCCAUGUCCAAAAACCAACUCUCCAGAUCCUGCAGCCAUGUCCAAAAACCAACUCUCCAGAUCCUGCAGCCAUGUCCAAAAACCAACUCUCCAGAUCCUGCAGCCAUGUCCAAAAACCAACUUGUGUCUCAGACAAACAGACAGAAAGACAGAGAUCAGUUCAUGUAAGAUAGUGCUGCUGCUUCUCUCAUCACUGACCCUAGGCCCCUGGGGGGGACGAGACAGAACCUUUAGCAUCACUGACCCUAGGCCCCUGGGGGGAAAAUACAGAACCUUUAGCAUCACUGACCCUAGGCCCCUGGGGGGAAAAUACAGAACCUUUAGCAUCACUGACCCUAGGCCCCUGGGGGGAAGAGACAGAACCUUUAGCAUCACUGACCCUAGGCCCCUGGGGGGUAAAUACAGAACCUUUAGCAUCACUGACCCUAGGCCCCUGGGGGGGAAGAGACAGAACCUUUAGCAUCACUGACCCUAGGCCCCUGGGGGGAAGAGACAGAACCUUUAGCAUCACUGACCCUAGGCCCCUGGGGGGGAAGAGACAGAACCUUUAGCAUCACUGACCCUAGGCCCCUGGGGGGAAAAUACAGAACCUUUCUGUGUCUCUGUCUCUGUCUGUGUCUCAUAAUGUGCCUCAGUCAUUGUAUCGUUCCAAAAUGAUGGAGUACGGAGCCAAAACAACAAAUAAUGUGUCACUGUCCCAAUGCUUUUGGAGCUCACUGUACUGACAGCUGUUCCCUGUGUGUCUGUGUGUGUGUCUGUGUGUGUGUGUGUGUGUGUGUGUGUGUGUGCAGGGUCACAAGGGUUAGGGAUACUCUACCAUGACAAACAGUAACUAACACCCCGGGGUCUCGGUCUCUCACACACACAGUACAAACUACAGUUAUGUCAUGCUCAACUCUAGCUCAGCUUUAGCUCUGCCACAAACGGCUGUAUUAUCAUGGUGCUGGAUGAGAAAUUAUAAGAUGUUGACUUAAACAAAUGGUACAGUAUAGUUGCCUAGCAACACAGCUGUAAAGGGCAACUACCUACCUGAUUAUUCUAUGUGAACUACUUUCAAUAUCAGCCAUCUGACUUUUGAUGUGUGUGUCUGUGUGUGUGUGUGUGUGUGUUCCCAGGACACGCUGCUGGAGCUGCUAUGUGAGUGUGUGACCUUAUCUCUGCGGCACGGGAGGGGCGUACUCGUAACCAACUUCCCCCGAGACCUACGACAAGCUCUGGAGUAUGAAGCUAAGGUACAGAGAGAGAAUGGAGGGAAGAGACAGGAGACAAGGAUGGGUGGGAGGGAGAGAGAGAGAGAGAGAGAAAGAGAGAGAGAAAGAGAGAGAGAAAGAGAGAGAGAGAGGUGGAGGGAUAGAGAGAGAGAGGGAAAGAGAGAGAGAGGGAGAAAGAGGAGAGAGAGAGGGAGGGAGAGAGAGAGGUGGAGGGAGAGAGAGAGAGAGAGGAAGAGAGAGGAAAGUGGAGGAGAGAUAAUUUCUCCGCUUGAGGCCCCCCCAUGCUCAUGCGUCAGUCGAAUUAACAUAAUAAAUACAAUAAAUCAUAAUCCGUCUGUUUAAGCUAGAGAUAUGUUUUUUGGUCAGCGUUCCGCAUCUGCGUUGAAACAUGGCAGAGCUACAGAGCUGUUUGUCAGACCAGGAGACAUCCUGAAAAUUGGUCUUCUCACGAAUAUGUCUGUAGCAUCCGAACGGUUUGGGAUACACAUUAAUAUGACCCCUCUAUGGCAAGAUGAGACUCCCCCAAACAUGAUGCAGUUCUCCCUUUUGCUCUAUGACCCUCACAAAUGUCACGGAACCUGUCUGAAGGUAACCUGGUACCGGGCUGAAAAAACGAAAGGAAGUGAAUAGGGCAAAUUCACAUCAAAGGUAUACAUGUCAUUCCACAUAAUUAAUAUAAUCCACGUUUUUCUCAUAAUAGUAGAAACAAGUGUCAUUAAAUCACCCACAGACUGGUUCAUAAUGGAAAGUGUUCACGUGCAUUGUUUCACGCGAUAUGAUUGCAAACGUGACUUUCAUUAAUAUUAAGCGAGACAAUAAAAUAAUAACAAAUCUCAUUAGCAAUAGAACGGCAAAAAUCUUACCAGACUUGAUACAUAUCAAUCAAACAGUGUUUAUUAAAAAUAGACACUUACAAACAAAUACAAGAACAUGUUUCAGAUAAAAACAAGACAUAGAUUUAUCAAUAAUGGCUGUUGAUGCCUAAAAGGCUUUCAACCGUCUUGAAUGGCCUUUUCUAUUCAAAACUUUGGAAGCUUUCAACUUUCCAGCUGAGAUAAUUUAUGUAAUAAAAAAUAUUAUAUAAAAUGCCCUAAAGCAAAAAUAUACACAAAUAAUACAUUAUCUGAUGAAAUUGCUUUCGACAGGGGCACAAGACAGGGAUGUCCCCUCUCCCCUCUCCUGUUUGCACUGGCAAUUGAACCGCUUGCAGAAAGAAUUAAGACAGGACCCAAACGUAACAGGUAUCAGUAUUGAUAAACAUGAAUAUAAACGAAACUUAUUUGUAGAUGAUCUCCUGAUACGCCUGACCAAUAUUGAAAACUCAAUUCCCCCCUUGUUAAACAAUAAUAAUGGCAAUAGGAAUUCUUUUUACAAUAACUCAUGAUGUACAGCAAUCCUUUAAGUUACCCACAAACAUUAUCAAAUACUUAGGAUGCUUAAUAAGUGACAACAAACAACAUAUAUAUAGAUAACUUUAUCCCGUCACUCAACAAUAUGAAAGCAGACCUAAUUAAAUGGAUCUAUCUUCCCAUAAAUCUUAAAAGGUAGAAUAAACCUCUUCAGAAAUGGCACGGCUCUCAAAGUUUGUAUAUUUAUUCUCGAUAAUACCAUUUACCCCAUCGAAGACAUUCUUUUAAAAAGUAAACUUGGUCAUAACAGACUUUAUAAAAUAAUAAUGUUACAGAGGCAUAGAUAUCUGUAACGUUCUCAUUCAUCAUUGUUCACGAUUCAUUCAGGAAUUAUAAUUAUUUAAUAUUAUUAUUUAAAUUACUAUCUGUAAUCAUGGUAGAAUAUAUUAUAUUCUUGUUUACAAUAAGUCACUCCAAAAUGACACAAUACAUUAUUUAUCAUUCAUUUCUAUCGGGCACAAAAUAAUCUGAAACACAACCAAAAACAAACAGCAAAAGCGUCCAACAAGUUUGUUGAGUCACAAGCUUAAUGUAGUCAUUGCUUGCUAGGAAUAUGGGACCAAAUACUAAACUUUUGACUACUUUAAUACACAUAUAAGUGUAGAAUUUGUCCCAAUACUUUCGGUCUCCUAAAAUGGGGGGGAUUAUGUACAAAAAGCGCUGUAAUUUCUAAACGGCUGACAGUCUUUAACCUCAUAGUAUCAAUCAUUGUAUCGUUCCAAAAUGAUGGAGUACGGAGCCAAAACAACAAAUAAUGUGUCACUGUCCCAAUGCUUUUGGAGCUCACUGUACUGACAGCUGUUCCCUGUGUGUGUGUGUGUGUGUGUGUGUGUGUGUGUGUGUGUGUGUGUGUCUCAGAUAGGGGAACCCAGCGCUGUGGUGCUGUUGGACUGUUCCCCUGACACUGUGUUCUCCAGGCUGCAGUGUCGUGGCCUGUCCCGCUCCGCCACCCAAACCACAGGCUGCCUCCCAGAGAGAGAAAGAGACACCAGCAGGAGGGUAGAGGGAUUCACCAGCAACUGCCAACCUGUGACAUCACACUACGAAACCAGGAGGCUCCUGCACAAGGUGAGUCAGGUGCUAAGGUCCGAUUCUCUACCCUUCAUCCGAAAGUGUAUACUUGUUCACUUCCCUUCAAAGAAAAUAAGUGGUAUAAGAAACAUGGUGGAACUCCCUCUAGCCCUGGUGGAACUCCCUCUAGCCCUGGUGGAACUCCCUCUAGCCCUGGUGAGACUCCCUCUAGCCCUGGUGGAACUCCCUCUAGCCCUGGUGGAACUCCCUCUAGCCCUGGUGGAACUCCCUCUAGCCCUGGUGGAACUCCCUCUAGCCCUGGUGGAACUCCCUCUAGCCCUGGUGGAACUCCCUCUAGCCCUGGUGGAACUCCCUCUAGCCCUGGUGGAGACUCCCUCUAGCCCUGGUGGAACUCCCUCUAGCCCUGGUGGAAACUCCCUCUAGCCCUGGUGGGAACUCCCUCUAGCCCUGGUGGAACUCCCUCUAGCCCUGUUGGAACUCCCUCUAGCCCUGGUGAGACUCCCUCUAGCCCUGGUGAGACUCCCUCUAGCCCUGGUGAGACUCCCUCUAGCCCUGGUGGAACUCCCUCUAGCCCUGGUGGAACUCCCUCUAGCCCUGGUGGAACUCCCUCUAGCCCUGGUGGAACUCCCUCUAGCCCUGGUGGAACUCCCUCUAGCCCUGGUGGAACUCCCUCUAGCCCUGGUGGAACUCCCUCUAGCCCUGGUGGAACUCCCUCUAGCCCUGGUGAAACUCCUUCUAGCCCUGGUGAAACUCCCUCUAGCCCUGGUGGAACUCCCUCUAGCCCUGGUGGAACUCCCUCUAGCCCUGGUGGAACUCCCUCUAGCCCUGGUGGAACUCCCUCUAGCCCUGGUGGAACUCCCUCUAGCCCUGGUGGAACUCCCUCUAGCCCUGGUGAGACUCCCUCUAGCCCUGGUGGAACUCCCUCUAGCCCUGGUGGAACUCCCUCUAGCCCUGGUGGAACUCCCUCUAGCCCUGGUGGAACUCCCUCUAGCCCUGGUGGAACUCCCUCUAGCCCUGGUUGAACUCCCUCUAGCCCUGGUGAAACUCCCUCUAGCCCUGGUGGAACUCCCUCUAGCCCUGGUGGAACUCCCUCUAGCCCUGGUGGAACUCCCUCUAGCCCUGGUGGAACUCCCUCUAGCCCUGGUGGAACUCCCUCUAGCCCUGGUGGAACUCCCUCUAAGCCCUGGUGGAACUCCUCUAGCCCUGGUGGAACUCCCUCUAGCCCUGGUGGAACUCCCUCUAGCCCUGGUGGAACUCCCUCUAGCCCUGGUGGAACUCCCUCUAGCCCUGGUGGAACUCCCUCUAGCCCUGGUGGAACUCCCUCUAGCCCUGGUGGAACUCCCUCUAGCCCUGGUGAGACUCCCUCUAGCCCUGGUGAGACUCCCUCUAGCCCUGGUGAAACUCCCUCUAGCCCUGGUGGAACUCCCUCUAGCCCUGGUGAGACUCCCUCUAGCCCUGGUGAAACUCCCUCUAGCCCUGGUGAAACUCCCUCUAGCCCUGGUGGAACUCCCUCUAGCCCUGGUGGAACUCCCUCUAGCCCUGGUGGAACUCCCUCUAGCCCUGGUGGAAACUCCCUCUAGCCCUGUGUGAAACUCCCUCUAGCCCUGGUGAGACUCCCUCUAGCCCUGGUGAGACUCCCUCUAGCCCUGGUGAGACUCCCUCUAGCCCUGGUGAAACUCCCUCUAGACCCUGGUGGAACUCCCUCUAGCCCUGGUGGAACUCCCUCUAGCCCUGGUGGAACUCCCUCUAGCCCUGGUGGAACUCCCUCUAGCCCUGGUGAGACUCCCUCUAGCCCUGGUGGAACUCCCUCUAGCCCUGGUGGAACUCCCUCUAGCCCUGGUGAAACUCCCUCUAGCCCUGGUGAAACUCCCUCUAAGCCCUGGUGAACUCCCUCUAGCCCUGGUGAAACUCCCUCUAGCCCUGGUGGAACUCCCCUCUAGCCCUGGUGGAACUCCCUCUAGCCCUGGUGAGACUCCCUCUAGCCCUGGUGGAACUCCCUCUAGCCCUGGUGGAACUCCCUCUAGCCCUGGUGGAACUCCCUCUAGCCCUGGUGAAACUCCCUCUAGCCCUGGUGGAACUCCCUCUAGCCCUGGUGAGACUCCCUCUAGCCCUGGUGGAACUCCCUCUAGCCCUGGUGGAACUCCCUCUAGCCCUGGUGGAACUCCCUCUAGCUAAGCCCUGGUGGAACUCCCUCUAGCCCUGGUGGAACUCCCUCUAGCCUGGUGAACUCCUUAGCCCUGGUGAGACUCCCUCUAGCCCUGGUGAACUCCCUCUAGCCCUGGUGAAACUCCCUCUAGCCCUGGUGGAACUCCCUCUAGCCCUGGUGGAACUCCCUCUAGCCCUGGUGGAACUCCCUCUAGCCCUGGUGAGACUCCCUCUAGCCCUGGUGGAACUCCCUCUAGCCCUGGUGGAACUCCCUCUAGCCCUGGUGAGACUCCCUCUAGCCCUGGUGGAACUCCCUCUAGCCCUGUGGUGAACUCCCUCUAGCCCUGGUGGAACUCCCUCUAGCCCUGGUGGAACUCCCUCUAGCCCUGGUGGAACUCCCUCUAGCCCUGGUGGAACUCCCUCUAGCCCUGGUGGAACUCCCUCUAGCCCUGGUGGAACUCCCUCUAGCCCUGGUGGAACUCCCUCUAGCCCUGGUGGAACUCCCUCUAGCCCUGGUGGAACUCCUCUACCCUGGUGGAACUCCCUCUAGCCCUGGUGGAACUCCCUCUAGCCCUGGUGAAACUCCCUCUAGCCCUGGUGGAACCUCUACCUGUGACUCUUAGCCCUGGUGGAACUCCUCUACUGAGUCCCUCAGCCUGGUGGAACUCCCUCUAGCCCUGGUGGAACUCCCUCUAGCCCUGGUGGAACUCCCUCUAGCCCUGGUGAACUCCUCUAGCCUGGUGAACUCCCUCUAGCCCUGGUGAAUCCCUCUAGCCCUGGUGGAACUCCCUCUUGCCUGGUGAGAACCUUACUCUAUAAAGUCCUUCAGGAAGGUGGAAUCGCUCAACCGUACACAGACCUCAACCGUACACAUAACCCGACACAUAAACACCAAACCGUACACAUCAACACUCAAACGUACACACAACUCAACCGUACACAUCAACACUCAAAACGUACACAUCAACACUCAAAACGUACACAUCAACCCGUACACAUCAACACUCAAACCGUACACAUCAACCCGUACACAUCAACACUCAAACCGUACACAUCAACCCGUACACAUCAACACUCAAAACGUACACAUCAACACUCAAACCGUACACAUCAACACUCAAACCGUACACAUCAACCCGUACACAUCAACACUCAAACCGUACACAUCAACACUCAAACCGUACACAUCAACACUCAAACCGUACACAUCAACACUCAAACCGUACACAUCAACACUCAAACCGUACACAUCAACCCGUACACAUCAACACUCAAACCGUACACAUCAACCCGUACACAUCAACACUCAAACCGUACACAUCAACACUCAAACCGUACACAUCAACACUCAAAACGUACACAUCAACACUCAAAACGUACACAUCAACACUCAAACCGUACACAUCAACCCGUACACAUCAACACUCAAACCGUACACAUCAACACUCAAACCGUACACAUCAACACUCAAAACAGCCGGCCGUGACCAGGAGACCAAUGAGGCGGUGCACAAGGGAGGGUUUGGCCGGCUGGGAUUUCCUUGUCCCAUCGCGCUCUUGCCACUCCUUGUGGCGGGCCUGGCGCCUCCAAGCUUCGGUCGCCAGCUGGACGGUGUUUCCUCCGACACAGUGGUGCGGCUGGCUUCCGGGUUAAGCGAUUAGUGUGUCAAGAAGCAAUAUGGCUUGGCAGGGUCGUGUUUUGGAGGACGCAUGGCUUUCGUCAUUCGCCUCUCCCGAGUCUGUAGGGGAGUUGCAGCGACGGGACAAGAUUGUAACUACCAAUUGGAUAUCACGAAAAAGGGGUGAAAGUACAACUAAAAAUAUAUAUAUAUUUUAAUUGCUUUGCCACAUUUUUUGCAGUAUUACUUUAGUGACUUGUUGCAAACAUGAUGCAUGUUUUUGGAAUAUUUGUGUUCUUUAGGUUAGUAUUGUGGAGUAACUACGAUGUGGUUGAUCCAUCCUCAGUUUUCUCCUAUCACAGCCAUUAAAAUCUCUGUAACUGUUUUAAGUCAACAUUGGCCUCAUGGUGAAAUCCUUGAGUGGUUUCCUUCCUUUCUGGCAAAUUAGUUAAUUUUAAAUUCAGGCUGUAACACAACAAAAUGUGGAAGAAGUCAAGGGGUGUGAAUACUUUCUGAAGGCACUGUAGGUGUGUUUGUUGUGUCGGUAUGCGGGUGUGUGUUACAGUGGCUUGUGAAAGUAUUCACCCCCCUUGGCAUUUUUCCUAUUUUGUUGCCUUACAACCUGGAAUUAAAAUUGAUUUUUUGGGGGUUUGUAUCAUUUGAUUUACACAACAUGCCUACCACUUUGAAGAUGCAAAAUAUUUUUUAUUGUGAAACAAACAUGAAAUAAGACAAAAAAACAGAAAACUUGAGCGUGCAUAACUAUUCACCCCCCCAAAGUCAAUACUUUGUAGAGGCACCUUUUGCAGCAAUUACAGCUGCAAGUCUCUUGGGGUGUGUCUCUAUAAGCUUGGCACAUCUAGCCACUGGGAUUUUUGCCCAUUCUUCAAGGCAAAACUUCUCCAGCUCCUUCAAGUUGGAUGGGUUACGCUGGUGUACAGCAAUCUUUAAGUCAUACCACAGAUUCUCAAUUGGAUUGAGGUCUGGGCUUUGACUUGGCCAUUCCAAGACAUUUAAAUGUUUCCCCUUAAACCACUCGAGUGUUGCUUUAGCAGUAUGCUUAGGGUCAUUGUCCUGCUGGAAGGUGAACCUCCGUCCCAGUCUCAAAUCUCUGGAAGACUGAAACAGGAUUUCCUCAAGAAUUUCCCUGUAUUUAGCGUCAUCCAUAAUUUCUUCAAUUCUGACCAGUUUCCCAGUACCUGCCGAUGAAAAACAUCCCCACAGCAUGAUGCUGCCACCACCAUGCUUCACUGUGGGUAUGAUGUUCUCGGGGUGAUGAGAGGUGUUGGUUUUGCACCAGACAUAGCUUUUUCCUUGAUGGCCAAAAAGCUCAAUUUCUGUUUCAUCUGACCAGAGUACCUUCUUCCAUAUGUUUGGGGAGUGUCCCACAUGCCUUUUGGCUUAUUUUUUUAUUUAAGCAAUGGCUUUUUUUCUGGCCACUCUUCUGUAAAGCCCAGCUCUGUGGAGUGAAUGGCUUAAAGUGGUCCUAUGGAUAGAUACUCCAAUCUCCGCUGUGGAGCUUUGCAGCUCCUUCAGGGUUAUCUUUGGUCUCUUUGUUGCCUCUCUGAUUAAUGCCCUCCUUGCCUGGUCCGUGAGUUUUGGUGGGCGGCCCUCUCUUGGCAGGUUUGUUGUGGUGCCAUAUUCUUUCCAUUUUUUAAAUAAUGGAUUUAAUGGUGCUCCGUGGGAUGUUCAAAGUUUCGGAUAUUUUUUUAUAACCCAACCCUGAUCUGUACUUCUCCACAACUUUGUCCCUGACCUGUUUGGAGAGCUCCUUGGUCUUCAUGGUGCUUGGUGGUGCCCCUUGCUUAGUGGUGUUGCAGACUCUGGGGCCUUUCAGAACAGGUGUAUAUAUACUGAGAUCAUGUGACACUUAGAUUGCACACAGGUGGACGUUAUUUAACUAAUUAUGUGACUUCUGAAGGUAAUUGGUUGCACCAGAUCUUAUUUAGGGGCUUCAUAGCAAAGGGGGUGAAUACAUAUGCACGCACCACUUCUCCGUUAUUUAUUUUUUAGAAUUUUGUUAAACAAGUUAUUUUUUUCAUUUCACUUCACCAAUUUGGACUAUUUUGUGUAUGUCCAUGACAUGAAAUCCAAAUAAAAAUCUAUUUAAAUUACAGGUUGUAAUGCAACAAAAUAGGAAAAACACCAAGGGGGAUGAAUACUUUGGCAAGGCACUGUAUAUGUGUGUAUGUGCGUAUGUAGUGAAUGUUUUGGGACAGUACAUACAGUGCAUUCAGAAAGUAUUCAGACCCCUUGACUUUUUCAACAUUUUGUUACGUUACAGCCUUAUUAAAAAAUGUUAGUUUUUUUAAAAAUCCUCAGCAAUCUACACACAAUACCGGAUAAUGACAAAGCAAAAACAGUUAAAAAAAAUUAAAUAAUUAGCAACAAAACAAACAAAUACAGAUAAAGAUUUAAGUAAGUAUUCAGACCCUUUGCUAUGAGAGUCGAAAUUGAGCUCAGGUGCUUCCUGUUUUCAUUGAUCAUCCUUGAGAUGUUUCUACCACUUGAUUGGAGUCCACCUGUGGCACAGAUCUGGGGAAGGGUACCAAAACAUUUCUGCAGCAUUGAAGGUCCCCAAGACCACAGUGGCCUCCAUCAGUGAAGUUUGGAACCACCAAGACUCUUCCUAGAGCUGGCUGCCCGGCCAAACUGAGCAUUCGGGGGAGAAGGGCCUUGGUCAGGGAGGUGACCAAGAACCCGAUGGUCACUCUGACAGAGCUCCAGAGUUCCUCUGUGGAGAUGGGAGAACCUUUGAGAAAGGACAACCAUCUCUGCAGCACUCCACCAAUCAGACCUUUAUGGUAGAGUGGCCAGAUGGAAGCCACUCAUCAGUAAAAGGCACAUGACAGCCCGCUUGGAGUUUGCCAAAAGGCACCUAAAGGACUCUCAGACCAUGAUAAACAAGAUUCUCUGGUCUGAUGAAACCAAGAUUGAACUCUGACCUAAAUGCCAAGCGUCACGUCUGGAGGAAACCUGGCACCAUCCCUACAGUGAAGCAUGGUGGUGGCAGCAUCCUGCUUUGGGGAUGGUUUUCAGCGGCAGGGACUGGGAGACUAGUCAGGAUUGAGGGAAAGAUGAACGGAGCAAAGUACAGAGAGAUCCUUGAUGAAAACCUGCUCCAGAGCGCUCAGGACUUCAGACUGGGGCGAAGGUCCACCUUCCAACAGGACAACGACCCUAAGCACACAGCCAAGACAACACAGGAGUGGCUUCGGGACAAGUCUCUGAAUGCCCUUGAGUGGCCCAGCCAGAGCCCGAACUUGAACCCAAUCGAACAUCUCUGGAGAGACCUGAAAAUAGCUGUGCAGCAACGCUCCCCAUCCAACCUGAGAGCUUGAGAGGAUCUGCAGAGAAGAAUGGGAGAAACUCCCCAAAUACAGGUGUGCCAAGCUUGUAGCGUCAUACCCAAGAAGACUCAAGGCUGUAAUCGCUGCCAAAGGUGCUUCAACAAAGUACUGAGUAAAGGGUCUGAACACUUAUGUAAAUGUGAUAUUUCCGUUUUUUAUUUUCUAAAAAACCUGUUUUUGCUCUGUCAUUAUGGGGUAUUGUGUGUAGAUUGAUGAGGAUUUUAUUUUAUCAAUUUUAGAAUAAGGCUGUAACGUAACAAAAUGUGGAAAAAGUCAAGGGGUCUGAAUACUUUCCGAAUGCACUGUAUAGUCUAGUGAGUGUGCUUAGGGUCAAUGCAAGAUAGAGUCAGUGCAGAUAGUUUGGGUAGCAUUAAUUGACUAUUUAGCAGUCUGGCUACUUAGCGGUCUUAUGGCUUGGGGGUAGAAGCUGUCUCUGAGCCUGUUGGUCCGAUCAGCUCCUUGGUCUUGCUCACGUUGAGGGAGAGGUUGUUGUCCUGGCACCACACUGCUAAGUCUCUGACCUCCUCCCUAUAGGCUGUCUCAUUGCAGUCGGUGAUCAGGCCUACCACCAUUGUGACGUCAGCAAACUUGAUGAUGGUUUUGGAGUGGUGCAUGGCCACGCAGUCGUGGGUGAACAGGGAGUACAGGAGGGGAUUAAGGACACACCCCUGAGGGCCCCCCGUGUUGAGGGUCAGCGUGUGGGGAUGUGUUGUUGCCUACCCUCACCACCUGGGCCCGGCCCGUCAGGAAGUCCAGGAUCCAGUUGCAGAGGGAGAGGUUCAGACCCAGAGUCCCUAGCUUAGUCCCUAGCUUGAAGGGCACUAUUGUGUAGAACGCUGAACUGUAGUCAAUCAACAGCAUUCUCACACAGUUAUUUCCCCUCUUGUCCAGGUGGAAGUGUGAAGUGCAAUUGAGAUUGCUUCAUCUGUAGAUCUCUUGUGGGUAUGUGAAUUGGAUUGGGUCCAGGGUGUCUGGGAUGACGGCGUUGAUGUGUGUCAUGACCAGCCUUUCAAAGCACUUCAUAAUUACAGUUGUGAGUGCUACGGGGCGAUAGUCUUUUAGGCAGGUUACCUCGGAGAUCUUGGGAACUGGGACAACGGUGGUCAGUUUGAAACAUGUUGGGAUUACAGACUAGGAUAGAUUGAAUAUAUCUGUGAAGAAACUUGCCAGCUGGUCUGAGUAUGCUUUGAGAACACGCCCUGGUAUUCCCGGCGGCCUUGUGAUUGUUAACGUGUUUAAACGUUUUGCUCACAUCGGCCACGGAGAGUGAGACACAGUCAUCCUUAGCCGGAUACAGAGCUCUCAACAUGAAAAAAAAAAAAACUAAAUUAUUUAAUAGAUGGACGAAAUCACUCAGUGGACGUUUAGGAGAAAAUUCUCUGUUACCAGUUAAUAUGAAAUAGCGCCAAUAUUGUACGGUCACUAAGUAUGAUCAUAUUUAUUUUACAGUUAUAAGAAAUAUGAAAUCUUAUAGUAAGUCAUUUAUAUUUUGAUUGUUACUAUAUUUAGAAAGGAUUUCAAUCAUUUCAAGCCCUAUUGCCCCACUUUUGUUGAAUAGGAAAAUAAAUCAUAUUAUUUUCUUCAUAUUUUCAUAAUAUUUGUACUAUGUAUUUGAGCGUGUGUCCUCAAAAGUGAAUACACCUCAGCAAUUUAUAACUAUUUUGACCAGAAGGUGAGUUCCAGACCUUUCUAAAACUAUGAAACAUUAACAGUUAUUGUUUAUGGCCAUCUCAUGAAAAAUUAAUACUUUUAGGUCUGUUUAGGCGGAAAUCUAAAUGUUGCCCUAUAUUUCCAGAGGUUAAAAGGUGCAUUGUUGGCUGUCUAACACAUUGCUAUAUAACAAGCCUUGCAUUGAAUCCUGAUCUUCGUUUGUUUUCAUGUGUUUUCCCCCAGAUUGAUGCAGAGAGGCCUCCUGAAGAGGUGUUUGCUCAGAUCUGUCAGGCCUUGGACUCCUGCUAGAGGAUCCAUCACUACUCCUGCUAGAGGAACCAUCACUACUCCUGCUAGAGGAACCAUCCCUACUCCUGCUAGAGGAACCAUCACUACUCCUGCUAGAGGAACCAUCCCUACUCCUGCUAGAGGAACCAUCACUACUCCUGCUAGAGGAACCAUCACUACUCCUGCUAGAGGAUCCAUCCCUACUCCUGCUAGAGGAACCAUCCCUACUCCUGCUAGAGGAACCAUCACUACUCCUGCUAGAGGAACCAUCACUACUCCUGCUAGAGGAACCAUCCCUACUCCUGCUAGAGGAACCAUCCCUACUCCUGCUAGAGGAACCAUCCCUACUCCUGCUAGAGGAACCAUCCCUACUCCUGCUAGAGGAACCAUCCCUACUCCUGCUAGAGGAACCAUCACUACUCCUGCUAGAGGAACCAUCCCUACUCCUGCUAGAGGAACCAUCCCUACUCCUGCUAGAGGAACCAUCCCUACUCCUGCUAGAGGAACCAUCACUACUCCUGCUAGAGGAUCCAUCCCUACUCCUGCUAGAGGAACCAUCCCUACUCCUGCUAGAGGAACCAUCACUACUCCUGCUAGAGGAACCAUCACUACUCCUGCUAGAGGAACCAUCACUACUCCUGCUAGAGGAACCAUCCCUACUCCUGCUAGAGGAACCAUCCCUACUCCUGCUAGAGGAACCAUCCCUACUCCUGCUAGAGGAACCAUCCCUACUCCUGCUAGAGGAACCAUCCCUACUCCUGCUAGAGGAACCAUCACUACUCCUGCUAGAGGAACCAUCACUACUACCGCCCCGG